UCCGCCGGUGUCACAACAUUCCAACAUGGCAAGUAGAAAGAGUAACAAAAAGCAAGACAAGGAAGACAAAUAUUCUGUGUUGCUACCCACUUACAAUGAACGAGAGAAUCUACCUCUGAUCGUGUGGCUCUUGGUUAAAUACUUCGGCGACAGUGGCUACAACUACGAGAUAAUCGUCAUUGAUGAUGGAAGCCCUGAUGGGACACUACAAGUUGCUGAAGAGUUGCAGAAAAUCUAUGGCGAGGACAAGAUAUUACUCAGACCCAGAGCAAAAAAACUAGGAUUAGGCACAGCUUAUAUCCAUGGCAUCCAGCAUGCCACUGGCAAUUUUAUCUUCAUCAUGGAUGCUGAUCUCUCUCAUCAUCCUAAAUUUAUUCCAGAGUUCAUAGAAAAACAAAGAGAAGGUGGAUUUGACGUGGUCUCUGGCACAAGGUACAGUGGAAAUGGAGGUGUGUAUGGAUGGGAUUUGCGCAGGAAGCUUAUCAGCCGGGGUGCGAACUUCGUCACACAGGUGCUCUUAAGACCUGGAGCGUCAGAUUUGACAGGAAGCUUCAGACUAUACAAAAAGGAGGUGUUGGAGAGCUUGAUAGCGCGAUGUGUGUCUAAGGGCUAUGUCUUUCAAAUGGAGAUGAUUGUCCGUGCCAGACAGUUGGAAUACAGUAUUGGAGAGGUCCCCAUCUCAUUUGUGGAUCGUGUUUAUGGGGAGUCCAAGCUGGGAGGAAAUGAAAUUGUCUCCUUCCUGAAAGGACUUCUGACCUUGUUUGCAACAACAUAAAUUCAAUCAUGAAUCACAUAAGCUGAGUCAUGAGACAAGCUUAAAUGGUAGCUAGUUUUGCAUAGAGUCAGUUCAUGAUGAUACUUUCAUAAUGAUAAAUUGUAUAUUGUAUAUGGGAAGUGAAGAUAGUCAGUUACAUUGGCAGUGGAUUUUUUAUGUGUUGUUCCAAGAAAUGUUCUACUGUGAGAUGUCAUUUCAGUUGUGUCCAAGGCACUACAUCAAACCAGGCAACUGAAUUUUCAGCAUACUGUUAAGAAAUUAAAGAUGGCCAAAAAAAAAAAGACUGGCAAGUCAAAUUUGAAUUUGCAGUUGCUCAUUUCAUUUUCAUUUAUUUUUUCACCUGUACUUGCUGCAGUUCUGAAGGCAACUGAUUGACUGGUGUUACUAAAAAUGUUCGGCUAUCAUUACAGUUCGUCAAACUGUGUCAGGAGUGCAUUGAACAGUAUGUGAUAAGAGCCAAGAGAAACAAUUUACUGGAUUGUGUAGUUGUCACAUUUUACUUAAAAUGAAACUUAUUGUAUUGAUGAUGACAUCUGUGUGGGGUGGGAAGUGGUUUAUAAUGCUGGAGGUAUGGCUUGUCAAACCCAUGUUUAUGGGUUUACCUGUGAAUUAUCUAUGGAAUUAUAAUGCACUAUGUGCUCACUAAGUGCACAUCAUGAUCAACCUUUUUAUUGUCUUUGAAUGUCUGCUCCAUUUUGUAAUAGAAAUGAUUGGAAUUAAUUAUUGAUGGAAAUCUUAAUCAUGAAUUUGACUUUUUUCAUUAUUAGGCAUAUUAAUAUCAUUCAGAUUACUGUACUGGGAGCGUAAUCACAGCAGACGGUUAAGAUCUAUUUUUGGACAUACCUGGAAUGAGCUAGUAGCAUUUGCCUUUCUUAGUGUUCAGUGCGAGUUAACAGGUGUGUAUGUAUCGUCUUGAUCUUUUAGUGAGGGGUAUAGCGUAAUUCUGUUGGAUGUUUCUCCAAAAUUGUAAUUGUCUUGAAAAUAUAUUUAUAUGUUGCCCGUAAUGAGUUACAUUGUUACCACAAUGAUUAAAGAUGAGACUCAUUUGAAGAGA